UCCCUACUGGAGCGCAACUAGCUAAAUCUGCCCAAACUGUCAUCCAUGUAGCUAAUCUGACCAGCCCGCUCACUGAACUGAAGGGAGACCCAAUAUUUCAAGCUUUUUUGACAGAAUGGCGCACACUAACCGGAAUGUUUUGACUUCUCGACUCUGUUGAACAUUUGUGAUCCCAUCCAGCAACGACAACAACAACAACAACAUCUGGCUAAUAAGCUAACGAGCGGUUAGCAUUAGCAACAACCCUGCUGAACAGCUGUCACCCGGAAGGCCGCCGCAGUCGCCGCCGCACCGGGUGGAGAUUUAACUUUCUCUGUCCGUGUCUGGACUGAACCAACACAAAGUCGCUAGCCAAUGAUAAAUCGCUAUUUAUUACAUAUCGGUAAGAAUGGAGUCCUCUUUGGGAAUAUGCAGCGAGGAGUGCUUGGCAACUGUAAGAGGUCAGGAGCUGAGGGCUGGCCAGAAGGAGCCCAGACUACUGACACUUAUUGAGCGCAGUGGAGAGUUUAUAUUGGGUGUUUUGGCCACCCCUGAAGCUGUUGUGUCUCGUCCAGUGGCUCAGCUGUCUAUACCCAUCAAUGGUAAUUUUGAAAUAGUGCGAGAGGCUGAAGAGGCUCUUCUUAUUAACUUCACAGUAGAUUCCCUCUCAAGUGUUAGGAUACGAAUCAAAGGAGAAAAAGCCCCUGAGCUACUGUUGGAACUGCAGGAAGAUGAUCGGACUCGUACUUUCCUCACCCAGGUGAAGAGUGCUCAGCAACAAGUUCAAUCCAAACUCAGGAAACCCAAAGCGAUGGAGCCCCUUGCGCCAACAACCAUCAGAGGACCAGUUCCAAUCCCACCACAAAGAGCAAACAAGACUGCUAACUCUGUAGGCUCUGGAGUCAAGCCACCCAACUCUACCAGUGCACUGCCUCCCAACCUCAACAACAGCAUGUUAACGAAUCAGAGUAAGACAGAUCCAGUUCAAUCACUUGCCUCGGACUUUGGCUUUGAGGACAACUUCAACCACGCUCUGAAAGUGGAGGAAAAGAAGAACCAUCAGAACCGCAUAGUAGCCUCCAGGGAGCCUCCUCCUGUCCCUCCUCUACCACCUCGCAAAGCCUCCUACACUCCAUCCAAUCCUCUGCCUCCUCCACCAGUCCCUAAAGACAGAGUUGUCUCCCUGCAGGCCAAAGACGCGAGCACCAAACCAGAUAGCUUCAGGUCAGGAUUUGACCGCGUGGACAGGCAACCAUCUUGGUGCGACAGCCCCACCACCAACAGCAUGAGGCAGGACAUGUUCUCCAGCCAGGCAGGACAAAGAGAAUACCUCAUCAAACACCGCCUGGGUAAGAAGGAGAACGAGUAUGUGGACAUCGAGACCUUCAGGUUUUUCACAGGAACGUGGAACGUGAAUGGACAAUCUCCAGACAGCAGCCUUGAGCCGUGGCUGUGCUGUGACACAGAGCCUCCUGAUAUUUAUGCUCUGGGUUUUCAAGAGUUGGACCUGAGCACUGAAGCUUUCUUCUACAUGGACUCGUCCAAGGAGCAGCAGUGGGUGGAAGCUGUAGAGAGGAGCUUGCACCCAAAAGCCAAGUACAAGAGGGUUCGGAUCAUACGACUGGUCGGGAUGAUGCUUGUGGUCUUUGUCAAAAAGACACUCAAGAAUCACAUGAAAGAAGUGGCUGCAGAGCACGUGGGGACGGGAAUCAUGGGAAAAAUGGGGAACAAAGGAGGCGUGGCAGUGAGAUUUGUUUUCCACAACACAAGCUUCUGCAUCGUCAACUCCCAUCUAGCAGCGCACGUGGAAGACUUUGAGCGGCGCAACCAGGACUAUAAAGACAUAUGCGCCCGCAUGACCUUCCACUUACUGGACCACCCCCCGCUCAGUAUCGUCAAGCACGAUGUUGUGAUCUGGCUCGGGGAUUUAAACUAUCGUCUGUUCAUGUACGAUGCUGCUGAGGUCAAACAGUACAUCGCUAAGAGCGAGCUAAAAAAGCUUCAGGAGGUUGAUCAGCUGAACAUUCAGAGGCAGACAAAGAGAGCCUUCACAGACUUCAUGGAGGGGGAGAUCAACUUCAUUCCCACAUAUAAGUACGACCCCAAAACAGAUCGAUGGGACUCAAGUGGGAAGUGCCGUGUCCCAGCCUGGUGUGACAGAAUCCUGUGGAGGGGCAACAAUGUCAAGCAGCUCAAAUACCGGAGUCACAUGGAGCUGCAAACUAGUGAUCACAAGCCUGUCAGCUCCCUCUUCAGUGUCGGGGUUAAAGUGGUCAAUGAGGAGCGCCACAAAAAGGUGUUUGAGGAGAUUGUCCGGGCGAUGGACAGAAUGGAGAAUGACUUCCUUCCAUCUUUAUCUCUGAGCAGAAGAGAGUUUACAUUUGAGAAUGUGAAAUUCCGGCAGCUUCAAAAGGAGCGCUUCCUAAUAACAAAUGACGGGCAGGUCCCCUGUCACUUUGCCUUCAUCCCCAAACUGAAUGACUCGCAGUACUGCAAGCCCUGGCUCCGUGCCGAGCCAAGCGAUGGAUUCUUAGAGCCGAAUGAGACCCUGGAGAUCUAUCUGGAAGUGUAUGUCAGCAAAGACUCUGUCACACUGCUGAACUCCGGAGAGGACUCCAUAGAGGACAUUCUGGUGCUCCAUCUGGACCGUGGCAAGGACUACUUCAUUACCAUCUCUGGCAACUACCUGCCCAGCUGCUUUGGCACCUCGCUGGAGACUCUGUGCCGCAUGAAGAAGCCCAUCAGAGAGAUCCCCAUCACCAAACUCAUUGACCUGGGAGAGGACAGCUACAUGGAAAAGGAAAAGUCAAAGAUGAACUUCCUGAUGGUGGAUGGCGCAAGUACUGAGGACAAACCUCUGAAGAUCCCCAAGGAAGUGUGGAUUCUUGUCAACCAUCUCUUCACCAAGUCCUGUGAUCAGGAGGACUUGUUCCAGACACCGGGUCUACAGGAGGAGCUGCAGAGCAUCAUCGACUGUCUGGACACCAGCAUCCCAGACUCUGUCUUUGGUUGUAACCACUCUGUAGCUGAGGCUCUGCUGAUCUUCUUGGAGGCCUUGCCGGAGCCAGUGGUGUGUUAUGAACUCUACCAACGGUGCCUAGACUGCGCUCAUGACAGCCGCCUCUGCAAACAGUUGAUCUCCCAGUUGCCCCGGGCUCACCGCAACGUGUUUCGCUACUUAAUGGCAUUUCUGAAGGAGCUUCUCAAGCACUCACACAACAACAACCUAACAGCAAGCCUCAUAGCAACACUCUUUGCCAGCCUCCUUAUUCGACCACCUCCCAACCUGAUGGGCAGGCAGACACCACACGACCGGCAGAAAGCCAUCGACUUCAUCCUGGGUUUCCUCAUGGCGGGAGACGAGGAGUAGCCGACGUCGACGGUCCUCGUCAGUCGUGUUUCUACUUGAUUCCCAACCUGGUUUACUGUCGGUAAUGGAUGUGGACCUGUAAGACAUUGUGUAACAUGAUCCACUUGGUAUUGUGUCAUCUGUUGGAGACCAGUGCAGGUGGUUUGCACCCUACCGUUCACAAACUCGCGUUAGAGGAUGAUUUUACCAAGUGUCAUAUCUUCAGUUCAUUCACAGACUGACCGCUCGCUGUAUUCGGAAGCACUUGGAAGAGGUUUGAACUGAUGCCUGUGCACUUCCUGAUGACCUAAAGGCCCCGUGCCUCCAGACUAGAUUGUCCUCAUCCUCAGCUGACCCUUCUUAUUGUAGGUGCUCAUGCCAAAAUAGCCCCUGAGCAUUGAGUGGUGUAAAUGGGAGAACACUAUGGAUCCAUAGAUACUAAGAGAAAGACUCUAUUACACUAAAGAAAAGGAAAUACCUAAAGUUUGGAGAAGUAGACUGAAUACUAGUAUACGGUUUAAAGCAUUAAAUAGAUCGAAAUGGGAUAAUCAUGGAAAUCUAUAUACUAAGAAUAUUUAAGCUUAAGCUAAAUCAUGACAAUCAUCCAUUUUGCAGCAUUUUAACUGAGGAGACAAUAUUAAGAUAUCUACGAGCAUUACCAUACCCACUGUAUUUUACCUGUUAUUUAUAUUUUUUUUCCGUCUAAGUUUGCACCAUCUGAACAGUUUUUUGUUCCGACUACAGAUUAUUUUCAGCUCCGCGUUGGUUGUAAAAUAUUUCGGCUUGUUUUUAUCGUCCGGUUAUAGAAAACGUGAAUGUUUGCUGUGUUUUUGUGAAACUUCAGCCGUGAGCCUUACAUCUCCUUUUCGCCAGUUCCUCUUCUGUUACGAAACAAGUCUGUUAACACACUAACUUCCUGGUCGACCGGAAUCGAGAGAAGAGUCACCCUCUGUGGUUCUUGAUGUCUUAAAUCAUGUAAAUAGUGAUUGUUUCCCUGUUUGACGGGCCUGUCGCUAUGGUGGUGAUGAUGUCUACAGUUUGUCAUGUCUGUCAUGAAGGUGGUACUGUUAAUGUCUCUGUGUGUUUACAUGUCUUUUUCCUCAUUUCUGCCACAUCUUAAAGCUCACUUUUUGUUGUUGUAAGGCCUGUCUGAUGCCAGGACACAGCCGUCGUGUUCCUCAUGGUAAAUGCAGAUGAGAAAGACUCCUGUUUUAAGUGAUGCAGCAUUUUCUGGGUGCAAGUUUAGCAACAUUUAAUGGCUCAUUACUCCGCAGGAUUCGGCCUGUCUUUGUGCACCUUUCUCAUUUGUGCCACUGAGGAGGUUUUUUUUUCCUGCAGUCACUGUUGCAUAACAUGUCAUGGUUAUUGAAAUAAGGAACUUCUGUGCUGUGUAUAAUCAGUGUUUCAUCUUUAACAGUUUUACCCAAGAGAUGUCAGCAUUAGCCUUCCCAGUGGACAAAAAUAUUCACAUUUACGACUUUAUUUUCCCUUGUUCAGCAUCUCCAGUAAUGUAGUGAUUCCAGAAAUUUCAGGAGAUUUCAUGUUUGAAAACAAUGUGAGCCCGUGAUGUAAUGUGACAACAGUGACAAUCAUGGCACUUGAAGUGCCUGUCGGGCUGAAGUUGCUCUAUCCUUGUGUAGUUUCUUCUGCCUUAUUGCCAUCAAUACACUAGAUUCUUCUGUUGGUCUUAAUCAAGCCGAGCUUUGCCAAAAGGUGACUUGGACCUGAAGGAACAGUAGGAAUAGAACAUUUGGGAGAGCCGUUUUAUAGUAGUCAUUUAUUUAUUCACUUUGUCUGUAGAAAUACUACCAUCAUCCUGUCAACAACAAAAUCAAUAUAAUCAAUAACCUCUGAUUUUAGGUGUUGUCUCAUGCCAGUGUAUCAACUGAUGUGUUUGUAUGGAUUCAUUUUGCUUUUUGUCUUGUGUUUUUUUUUUCACAAUCUGUUCAUAAAAUUGAGGUACGUUUAAAAGGUACACAAGGAAACACUCGCACCUGUUUUCAUCUUUUCAGA